AUGGGAGGAAAGAAGGAUAGGAUUAGUUGGAAGGUUGAAGGUGUAGAGAAAACGUUUCUAGAAGCUUGUUUAUGUGAAGUUACCAUCAAUGGACGGGAAGGGAGUAGUUUGAAAGAACUAUCUGGGAGGAAUGUAGUUGAAACACUAAAAAUUGAACAUAAAUUUAAUGCCGACCAAAAACAAAUGAAGAACCGCUAUGACUACCUAAAGUCAAAGUUUGGUGAUUUUUUGAAGUUAAAAAACAAAACCGGAAAUGUUUACAAUUCAACAACCAACACCUUAAAUCUUUCCAAAGAAGGAUGGGAACUAGAAUCGAAGGUAUUUUGUUAA